AGCUACGGAAGCCUUUGAGCGAGCACUAGCUAAUGAGCUAGCUUCCUGAAAAUGGCCAGCUGGGGAAAGGUCGCUGCGGCGCUGAGGAGCGUUUUCAAGACUCCUCGGACUCUGAAAGGAGUCGCUAUGCGGCGCACUGUCGCCCCUGGUGUCGUAGGAGCCGGGGUCAUAGGAACUGGCCUCCUGUGUUAUUACCACUAUCACACAAACUACAGGACUCCGUCCUUCGCCGUUCACGCCGAGAAAGAAAAGGAACCUGCUGUUCCUCACCUCUCUGCCAGAAGACUGCGCUUCUUCAGAUUUGCCUCUGUGGUCUACGAGCAGGAGCCGUACAUGACUCCCAGAGACUUCCUGUUCUCUGUCAUGCUGGAGAAUGUGGACCGAAAGCUGCAGAAGAAAACCCUAACACCGCAGGAAGUCGAUAAGAUGUUGAUUGUGGCCUCUAGAGCGUGCGGCGGUAACGAUCUGUUCAGAAGCUUGGGAGACAACGGUCUGAUCUCCUACACAGAGUAUCUGUUCUUGCUGACCAUCCUCAUCAAGCCUCACACUGGAUUCCGCAUAGCUUUCAAAAUGCUCGACGUCGACGGCAACGAGCACGUAGACAAAAAGGAGUUCCUCAAGCUCAAGAAAGUGAUUAGGAAAAGUAAAGCAAGAGCUCAGAAGGACAGCACAGAGAAACCAGCAGAGGAAGGGGACGGAGUGAACACAACACUACAGGCCUAUUUCUUUGGGAAGAAGGGAGAAAAUAAGUUGCAGUACAAGGAGUUCCACAGGUUCAUGGAGGACCUGCAGGCUGAAGUCCAGGAGAUGGAGUUCCUGCAGUUCUCCAAAGGCAUGGACACCAUGCGGAGAGAGGACUUUGCAGAGUGGCUGCUGCACUAUACCAACGAAGAGGACAAUGACGUGUACUGGGAAAACAUGAGGAAGAGGAUCCCAGCUGGACAGAGCAUCACGUUUGCCGAGUUCAAAGCCUUCUGUCUGUUCACCAACAAUCUGGAGGAUUUUGCCUUUUCAAUGAAAAUGGUCGCUGAAGCCAACCGACCUGUCGGAAUGGCCCAGUUUAAGCGAGCAGUGAGAAUCGCCACAGGCCACGAUCUGUCUGAGAAUGUCCUGGACACCGUGUUUAAACUCUUUGAUCUUGACGGAGACAACUGUCUGAGCCACAAGGAAUUCCUUGGUGUGAUGAAUGACAGAGUUCUGCGAGGAUUGAAAGUGCAGCCACAGAACGGCUUCUCCGGCUACUGGAAGUGUGUGAAGCGAGAGACGCUGAAGGGAGCUCGGGAAGCUCUGGGAGACACAGGCUGUCCCAUCUGAGUGUUUAAAGAAAUGUCUGACGAACGAUCAAUUAUACCAACACUUCAUCCUGUUUUUUUACACUCAAACAAGUGGCGUGAGUUAGAUUAUAAAUGUAACCAUAUGUAAAAAAACUAAGGAUUUAUACCACUGCUUUUUAUAUAGGGGAUGUGUUUACAUAGAGGCAAAUUAUUGUCUAUAUACUCAGCUAAAUUUGGGUGUGUUGUUAAUGGUGUUAAUACAUGUAUGAUUUAGAAUAUUAUUCUAUUAAUAUUAUAGUGACUGAUGACUUUCAAAUGAAUUGUGCACUUUGAUACUUGUGAGCAUGUUAACACAUCUAAGUGCUUUUCAGGGCUAAUUGUGUUCGUAUUGUCAAUAUGUGGUGUGGGUUUUUUAUUCUUUUUGCUGAGUAUCAAAUAAAGUUUUAUUUAAAAAUGAA